UCAAGAGCUUCUUUCACUGGAUUCUAAUUGUGUUACCCCAUUGACAAGAUGGAUCCUAUUGCUAGCUAUUUGAUUGUUUCGUUGCCCCAAUCUGCCGACUCUCGUGGUUGGUUAGAGCAAUCAUUAAACGGGGGAAAGUCACCAAUUAUCCCGUUUAAGUUGGACGAAUUCCAAAUUGGAACCUUGGACUCUCUCGUGCAAGAAAGUGAAGAAUUAAGUAAAUUAGACCAACAAUUAGGCUCAUCUGUGAGUAAGAUUGUUGACAUCUUGUCCUCAGUUACUGAAACUUCUCCAACCAGAUCUGUUCUCGGUAAGCCGGUUUUGAACUAUAUCGAAUCAUUUCUGUGGAAUACUUCAAAGUAUAGAUUGGAUAAACCAAUCAAACAAUUGAUUAGUGUAAUUGCCAACGAAGCCAUUACUUUGGAUAAUGAUGUGAGAGCUUCAUACCAAGGCUAUCAAACUGCAAAGUCAAACUACGUGGCGGCAGACAGAAAGAAGAAUGGAGAUCUUUCAAUCAAAUCCCUCCAUGAUAUCGUCAAGCCUGAACAAUUUGUUUUGGACUCUGACCACUUGACUACAGUUCUCAUUGCCGUCCCAAAGAACUUGAUCUCUGACUUCCAACACUCGUACGAAACGUUGACCGACUUCGUCAUCCCAAGAUCUGCCACCGUAGUGGCAACUGACCUGGAAUAUACUUUAUACACUGUAGCAUUGUUCAAAAAGUACCAACAAGAGUUCAUUACUGGUGCAAGAGAACACAAAUGGCACCCUCGUACUGAUUUUGUUUACUCCGAAGAAGUAUUGAAUAACUUACGUAAAGAAUUCGACUUGACUAGAGCAAAUGAAUCAAAGACCAAAAACGAUUUAUUACGUUUGGCUAAGACUGCUUAUUCUGAUAUAUUAGCAGCCUGGUUCCAUAUCAAGGCUAUUCGUAUUUACGUCGAAUCUAUUUUAAGAUAUGGUUUACCUCCAAAAUUCGACUGUCUGUUGGUCAAAUUCGAUAAGACAAACAAAAACUUGGCCAAAUCCAAGAAGGAAUUAAUUGAAAAAUUCGGCUACUUGGGAGGUGAAGCAUUCGAUAAGAACAAUGCUAACUUACAUGAGUAUGCAUCUUUGGUUGAUACUGACUACGAACCUUUUGUAUUGUACGAAGUUGACAUUGUCUAGAUAAGCCUUCUCGAAAGACUUUAUUUUAUAUUUUUUUCCCUUUAAAAUUCAUUUCCUUUGGCUAAGUAUUCAUCAAAGUUAUGAUCUAAUUCUUAUAGUUAUACAAUUUAUACAAUCACCAUCUUUUGCUGAAACAUCUUAAAAAAGUAGAGC